CACAUCCUUAUUCCUUCAUCAUCUCUCUUCCCCAAACCGCCCUCAUUCGGCUCAAAACAACCUUAAACGGUUCACAUCUCACGAGACUGAACCGGUCUCUCUCUCUCCCCAAAGAAUUUCGUGCAUCUUCUUGCUGAAUGUAAGGUCUAGGGUUUGAGAUCUUCGUAAAGACACAGAUUUAGUUAUUACUGUUGUGCUGCAAAUGGAGGAAAGGGCGCGAGAAGUUCUCUACGAGACACGUCAUCACGCUUCCAGGCCUUACUUGCCCAAUUACCCUCCUCAACAUCAACAGCUAAAUGAGGGUGUUAAAGGGAGUUUUCUAUCACUGCUUUCCACUCGAGGUGUUAGUCAACUUAAAGAAAAAUGGAGUGAAUAUAGGCGUCCAAGAAAAUUAAGGAAAUGCACAUCCUUGUUUGUCUCUCCAGGAGGCAAGCAUGUGGCUAUAGCCGCUGGCAAUCGAAUAACCAUUUUGCAAAAGGAUGAUGACUACCAGGAGACAUGCGGCUUUUUUACCAGUGGUAGCCUAGGCACAUUUCUGUUUGGAACAUGGUCAGAAUCUCACGAUAUUCUUGGUGUUGCUGAUGACACUAAUACACUCUAUUUUAUCAAAGCUAAUGGUGAAGAGAUAACAAGAAUCUCAAAACGGCAUUUAAAAGUAUCGUCACCAAUUAUUGGUUUGAUCUUGCAGGAUGACGCUGAUACAAAUAAUUCUUGUUUAUGUACCUUCAAAAUUCUUACAUCAGAUGGUUCUCUUCAUGACAUUGAGAUCAGUCAGGAUCCCAGUGCAUCCAUUUCCUCUGCACACACCUCAAAUAUUGGCUCAACUCUAAAGAAGCAGUUCCCUCAAAAUGUCUUCUGCUUGGAUUACCAUCCAGAAAGUUUUUUGCUUGCUGUAGUUAGUAGUGCUGUUAGCAUCUCACUGAUCUCUGGUAACCCAGGAUCAUGUAGUCUCUCUCUUUGGAGAAGAACUGGGAACUUCAAUAUGGAAUCACUGUAUUCUGCACAGUUUGAAGGUUUAUAUUCCAAACCAAAAGGUUAUGAAGGUCAAUUAACAUCUCCAAAGGUGCUAAUCUCACCUCAGGGCAAAUUUAUUGCUACAUUAGAUUUGAGAGGUUGCUUGGCCAUUUUUAAGCUGGAUGAAGGACACAGCUCUCUUUCAGAUUUUUACACUAUGUCAAGUAGAGGGAGGCAUUUCUUGAAUGAUAUAAUGGAUUUUACUUGGUGGUCUGACUAUAUCCUUGCUCUUGCGGAGAUUAGUGGCACCAUAACCAUGCUUGACAUUCUUGGUGGUGUUAAAGUAUUGAAGAAUGAUCAUGUAUACUCUAUGCCCAUCUUAGAAAGAGUACCGCAGUUCCCAGGACACCUUUUUCUUUUAGAGAGUAAAUCGUCAGAGGAGAGCCAUGAAUCAUCUGAUAAGAAGGCAGUGAGUGGCUUGCAUCGUAUAGAGCGAGUUACUGAAGAUGAAUAUGAUCCGUUUUUCAUUUCUAAACUGCAUUGGAGCUUGGUAUCAUUUUCAGAGAAAUCUGUUUCUGAAAUGUAUGAUAUAUUGAUUAGAAAUCAUGAGUAUCAGGCUGCUCUGGACUUUGCUAAUCGUCAUGGGUUGGAUAAAGAUGAAGUGCUAAAGUCAGAGUGGUUGCAUUCUGGCCAAGGAAUAAAUGGAAUCAAAAUGUUCCUGUCAAUCAUCAAGGAUCAAGAUUUUGUACUUUCUGAAUGUGUAGAUAGAGUUGGACCCACAGAAGAUGCAACUAAGGCUUUAAUUGCUUAUGGGCUCCACCUAACAAACCAGUAUAGAUUUUCUGAAGCAGAAGAUGUUGAACAUAGCCAAAUUUGGGAUUACCGUCUGGUGAGGCUCAAAUUAUUGCAAUUCAGAGACAGGCUGGAGACAUUUCUUGGGAUAAACAUGGGCAGGUUUUCUGUGCAGGAGUACUCCAAAUUCCGUGUUAUUCCAAUCAAUGAAGCUGCUGUAGCACUUGCAGAAACUGGGAAAAUUGGGGCCUUAAACCUUCUUUUCAAGCGUCAUCCUUAUUCGUUGACUCCUUUCAUGUUGGAUAUUUUAGCUGCUAUCCCUGAAACAGUUCCAGUUCAAACAUAUGGACAGCUUCUUCCUGGGCAUUCUCCUCCUUCAAGUAUUGCUCUGAGAGAAAAAGAUUGGGUUGAAUGUGAAAAGAUGAUGGCAUUUAUUGACAGACUCCCUGUGGAGCAUGAGGGUAGAGUUCAGAUCAGAACUGAACCAAUUGUCAAUCAGUGCUUAGGAAAUUUGUGGCCAUCAACUCUUGAACUCUCUAGAUGGUACAAAAAGAGAGCUACAGAUAUUGAUAGUUUAAGUGGGCAGCUAGAGAACUGCCUCUCAUUGGUUGACAUUGCUUGUUGCAAAGGUAUUUGUGAGUUGCAGCAGUUUCAUGAGGAUAUUUCAUACUUGCAUCAGCUUAUUUAUUCUGAUGUCGGUGAUGACGCGAUGAAUUUUACCAUGAGCCUUGUUGAAUGGGAAAAGUUAUCUGACUAUGAGAAAUUCAAAAUGAUGCUUAACGGAGUUAAAGAGGAAAAUGUGGUUGAAAGAUUAUGCAAUAAAGCAAUUCCUUUUGUGCAAAAACGGUUUCAUAUGAUGACCCCACGUUCUGACGAUGAGGUAUUGGAUGAUCAUUCUACCGUAGAUAAGAAAGCUGACUCAUUUCUGGUUAGAUGGCUGAAGGAGAUUGCUUUGGAAAAUAAAUUAGACAUAUGCUUGAUGGUCAUUGAAGAAGGUUUCAAGGAUUUGCCAAAUGAGAACAUUUUCAGGGAUGAGGCUGAAGUGGUAGAUUGUGCUCUGCAAUGCAUUUAUUUGUGCUCUGUUACAGAUAGGUGGAGUACCAUGUCCUCCAUUUUGUCAAAACUUCCACAACUACGAGAUUCUGAUGUAUGUACUAAGGGCCUCGAGAAAAGACUUAAAAUGGCUGAAGGCCAUAUUGAAGCAGGAAGGCUUUUGGCAUUUUACCAGGUCCCGAAACCAAUUAGUUUCUUCUUAGAAGCACAUUCAGAUGGAAAGGGGGUUAAACAGAUUAUUCGUCUCAUACUAUCAAAAUUUAUUCGUCGACAACCUGGUCGAUCUGAUAGUGAUUGGGCUAGCAUGUGGCAUGACAUGAAGAGCUUGCAUGAGAAGGCAUUUCCUUCUCUAGAUUUGGAGUAUAUGUUGAUGGAAUUCUGUAGGGGACUGCUGAAAGCUGGGAAAUUUUCUCUUGCAAGGAACUAUUUAAAAGGCACAGGUACAGUUGCUCUGGCAACAGAGAAGGCAGAAAAUAUUGUCAUUCAAGCUGCAAGAGAGUAUUUUUUCUCAGCUUCAAGUUUUGCUUGCUCUGAAAUCUGGAAAGCAAAAGAAUGCCUGGAUCUCUUUCCUAAUAGCAGAAAUGUGAGGGCGGAGGCUGAUAUCAUCGAUGCACUUACUGUCAAACUUCCAAACCUUGGAGUGAAUAUUCUACCUGUGCAAUUUAGGAAUAUAAAAGAUCCAAUGGAAAUCAUUAAAUUAGCAAUUACAAGUCAAGCAGGAACUUAUUUAAAUGUUGAUGAACUUAUUGAGAUUGCCAAACUUCUUGGAUUGAGAUCUCAGGAUGAGAUAUCCGUUGUUCAAGAAGCUAUUGCAAGAGAAGCAGCAGUUGCCGGUGAUCUGCAACUGGCUUUUGAUCUCUGCCUUGUUUUGGCUAAAAAGGGUCAUGGUUCUAUUUGGGACUUGUGUGCUGCAAUGGCAAGAGGCCCUGCCCUUGAUAAUAUGGAUGUAAAUUCUCGAAAGCAGCUUCUAGGUUUUGCUUUGAGCCACUGUGAUGACGAAUCCAUUGGGGAGCUGCUACAUGCAUGGAAAGAUCUAGAUUUGGAAGGUCAAUGUGAGGCAUUAAUGAUGUUAACAGGGACAACUCCUCCCAAAUUCUCAGCUCAUGAUUCCUCAAUUACAAACUUUCCACUGCAUAGUACUCAAGAUGUAGGUGAUGUAAGAGAUCUAUCUGGACAGAUAGAUGGUCUCAGUGGUGAUGAUCAAGAACUUCAUCUUCAUAACAACAAAAAUAUACUUUUGGGUAUUGCUAAAGACUUGCCUGUGGAGAAUGAGACUGAUUGGGAUUCUCUACUUAGGGAAAAUGGAAAAGUUUUGUCUUUUGCUGCUUUACGACUUCCAUGGUUGCUUGAUUUAUGUCGGAAUGCAGAACUAGGUAAGAAAUUGAUUCCUGGCUUGGUCCCUGGAAAGGCUGGAAUGCAAUAUGUGAGUAUCAGAAUGAAAGCAGUGGCAACUAUUCUGUCCUGGUUGGCAAGGAAUGGUUUUGCUCCGAGAGAUGAUCUCAUUGCCACUCUAGCAAAGUCAAUUAUAGAACCACCUGUUACCGAAGAGGAAGAUAUCAUGGGGUGCUCCUUUCUGUUAAAUCUUGUAGAUGCCUUUCAUGGGGUGGAUAUAAUAGAAGAGCAGGUGAGAACAAGGGAGGAGUACCAUGGAAUAUGUAGCAUUAUGAAUGUGGGAAUGAUAUAUAGUUUAUUGCACAACUCUGGACUCAAGUGUGAGGGUCCCGCUCAGAGGAGGGAGCUACUGAUGAGGAAAUUUCAAGAGAAGCACAGACCACUUAGUUCAGAUGAACUAGACAAAAUUGACAAAGCACAAUCCACAUUUUGGAGAGAAUGGAAGUUGAAAUUAGAAGAACAAAAACGUGUGACAGAUCAAUCUAGAGUGUUGGAGCAAAUAAUUCCUGGGGUUGAAACUGCACGAUUUUUAUCUGGGGAUGUCAAAUAUAUUGAGAGUGUUGUUUCCUCUCUCGUUGAAUCUGUUAAGUUGGGGAAUAAGCGCAUCUUGAAGGACGUGUUGAAAUUAGCUGAUAUUUAUAGCUUGAAUCGCACCAAGGUUUUGCUACAGUACCUGAACUCUGUCCUUGUUUCUGAGGUCCGGACUAUUGACGAUAUCGAUGCUGAAAUUUCAGUUUUCAAAAGAGAGAUACUUGCUUGUGCUGCAGUAGCUAUCAAAGUAAUUUCCUCAAUUGUCUACCCUGCAAUUGACGGACACAACAAACAGCGCGUUGCUUAUGUAUAUGGCCUGCUUUCUGACUGCUACUUACAGUUGGAAGAAACUAAAGAAUCAUCACCAAUGAUCCACCCAGACCAAGCAAAUAUUACUACCCUCCCAUUAUCUCUUUUCUAUAAGGUUCUUGAGCAAGAAUGUAGUAGGGUGUCCUUUAUUAAAGACCUGAACUUUAAAAAUAUUGCUGGGUUGGGUGGUUUGAACUUUGAGUGUUUCAGCAGUGAAGUCUAUGCUCAUGUUCAUGAAUUUAAUGUGGAAGCCUUGGCAAAAAUGGUUCAGACCCUUGUUGGCAUCUAUACCGAUCCAAUGCCUAAGGGUCUGAUAUCAUGGCAGGAUGUCUACAGACAUUAUGUUCUGGGUUUGUUGACAAGUUUGGAGACUGUAUCCAAAAAAGAAACACAUUUUGAAACCCCUGAAAACCUUCAAGGCUUAAUAAGUGAGCUCGAGCAGACUUAUGAUGUUUGCAGAAGUUAUAUCAUAGUCAUGGCAUAUCCUGAUGUUGUGGACAUAAUGAAGCGGUUUUUCACAGUGAUCACUCCUCUUGGUAAUUGUUUCGAGAACCUAUCAAACGACUCCUCAUGGAAGGACUGUCUCAUUGUGCUAUUAAAGUUUUGGCUUAGACUGACUGAUGAUAUGCGGGAAUUCGCAUCCCAUGAGAGGUCAGAAGAAGAGUAUAAUCCAGAAGGUUUGAUGAGGUGUCUCAGGGUUUUUGUUCGGUUGAUAAUGGAGGGGAGAGUCUCACCAAGUCAAGGCUGGGAAACUAUUGUUGGCUAUCUGAACUACGGCUUCAAAAGCAGUAUUGCUGUUGACAUUUCCGUUUUCUGCAGAGCAAUGGUUUUCUCUGGUUUUGGGUUUGGAGCCAUUGCAGAAUUAUUUUCUGAAGCCGUAUUAGAAUUUCCUGCCUGCUCAACAUUGAUCACUGACAGUGAAAUAUACUCUGAUAAUGUUCAGGAUCUUUGCCAUUUUUAUUCAAGUAUAUUGGAAACCAUUUUACAAGACUUGGCCACUGGAUCCUUUGAACGCCAUAAUUUAUGUCGUUUAUUGUCAUCUUUGAGUAAAAUUGAUGGUGAUUUGGAGGAUCUGAAGAGGGUCAGACAUGCACUCUGGGAAAGAAUGGCCAAGUUCUCUGAUAACUUGCAGCUACCAAGCCAUGCUCGAGUCUAUGUUCUGGAGGUUAUGCAAUUCAUUGCAGCUGGAGGUACAAAUUUGAAGGCGUUUUCUGCCGAGCUACAAUCCAAUGUUAUGCCAUGGGAAGGAUGGGAUCAUUUCGAUAGCAUAACUUCAAACGCAGAUACUAUUGCUGAUCAUGGAGUGCCAAUUCAAACAGAUGGGUCUAGUAGGUUUAGAACUACUUUGGUUGCACUUAAAUCAUCACAGCUGGGGGCAGCUAUCUCACCUGGCAUAGAAAUUACCACGAAAGAUAUUUUGACUCUGGAUUCAGCAGUUUCUUGCUUCCUCAAAUUGUGUGGAGCUGCUACUUCUAAGCCCCAUUUUGAUUCUUUAAUAGCCAUUUUGAGAGAGUGGGAGGGGCACUUUACAGUUAAGACAGAUGAGGGUGAGGCAAAUUCUGCAAAAGCAUCCGAUGCUGGUAACGAUUGGAACAGUGAUGAUUGGGACGAGGGAUGGGAAAGCUUUCAGGAAGAACCUGUUGAGAAAGACGUGAAAACAGACCACUCCCUUUCAGUUCAUCCUUUACAUGCGUGUUGGAUUGAGAUCUUAAAGAAGUUAGUAACCUUGUCCCUGUUUACUGACUUGCUAAGACUGAUUGACCAAUCCUUGGCAAAAUCUAAUGGAGUAUUGGUGUCUGAAGAUGAUGCCUCAAGCUUGAGCCAGCUUGGACUUGGGAUAGACUGUUUUCUAGCUCUUAAGAUUGCGAUGUUACUGCCUUACGAAGCAAUUCAGCUGCAAUGUUUGAAUGCAGUUGAGGACAAGCUGAAGCAAGGAGGCAUGUCAGACACGACUGGCAGGGACCAUGAGUUUUUAGUUCUCGUGUUAUCUUCUGGGCUUGUAUCCACCAUCAUCACCAAAUCUUCCUACGGAACCACUUCCUCUUAUCUUUGUUAUAUGAUUGGGAAUUUCUCUCGUCAGUGUCAGGAAGCCCAGUUAUCGAGCCUCAAACACAGAGCGAAGAACGGACAUGAAAACAAUGAGAAAGACUACUCGUCUCUUUUCAGAAGAAUAUUCUUCCCGUGUUUUAUAUCAGAGCUUGUGAAGGCAGACCAGAAUAUUCUAGCAGGUUUUCUUGUUACCAAAUUCAUGCACACUAAUGCUUCGCUCAGUUUGAUCAACACUGCAGAGGCCAGCCUUAGAAAGUACCUAGAAAGUCAGGUCCAAGCACCACAAUACGACGAGUUCACUGUUGAGGACGUGCGCGGUUUUGAACAGUUAGCAAACACCAUUUCUAACCUGAGAGGCAGGUUGAGAAUUUUAAUCCAAUCCGCGUUAUCGUCUCUGCCAACUGGUGUUAGAUGAUGAGGUGCUGCUUGAUGUUUUUUUUUUAUUUUUUAUUUUAUUUUAUGUAUCAAUGCAAAUGUUUUUAUACAAAUUAAGCUUAGAAAAGACUAACACAGAACAAUUUUUCUAAUUUUGGGGCGGGCUUUUUUUCAUUUUCUUAUACAAAAUGAGUUUGUACACUUCAACAUUCAUGUCAUCUCUCCAUGAAAAUUAAGAUGCAUUAAUAAAAAUAUAAAAACCUAAUUGGAUUUGACAGGAUUUCAAA